ACAAUUCCCAGAAUGCACUGCUCGUCGCACGCAGGUUUUCCUUGUUGCCGGGGUUUGUAGUUCUUCUCGGUCGUGUCAGUUUGUAAGGCGAGGGCGGAAGUUGGAUUCCUGGCCUGAGAAUAUUAGGCGUAGUUUUCCAGUUUUUGGCAAAGCGGAAAUACUUAAGGCCCCUGGGUUGGCUGGGUUCUUUGUUUUAUCUACCGGCUUCUGCUUUACGACAGGUCACAAACAUGUCAGACAAAAGUGAAUUAAAGGCUGAGUUGGAACGUAAGAAGCAGCGACUGGCCCAAAUCAGAGAGGAAAAGAAGAGAAAAGAAGAAGAAAGGAAAAAAAAAGAAACAGAUCAGAAGAAGGAAGCUGUUGCUCCUGUGCAAGAAGAAUCAGAUCUUGAAAAAAAAAGAAGAGAAGCUGAAGCAUUGCUUCAAAGCAUGGGGCUAACUCCAGAAUCCCCCAUUGUCCCUCCUCCUAUGUCUCCAUCCUCCAAAUCUGUGAGCACUCCAAGUGAAGCUGGAAGCCAAGACUCUGGAGAUGGCGCCGUGGGAUCUAGGACGCUGCAUUGGGAUACAGAUCCAUCAGUUCUUCAGCUUCACUCAGAUUCCGAUUUGGGACGAGGACCUAUUAAACUUGGAAUGGCUAAAAUCACGCAAGUCGACUUUCCUCCUCGAGAAAUUGUCACAUAUACAAAGGAAACUCAGACUCCAGUUAUGGCUCAACCCAAAGAAGAUGAAGAGGAAGAUGAUGAUGUUGUGGCUCCUAAACCACCUAUUGAACCUGAAGAAGAGAAAACUUUAAAGAAAGAUGAGGAAAAUGAUAGUAAAGCUCCCCCUCACGAGCUGACUGAAGAAGAAAAGCAACAGAUCUUGCACUCUGAGGAAUUUUUAAGUUUCUUUGACCAUUCUACAAGAAUUGUAGAAAGAGCUCUUUCUGAGCAGAUUAACAUCUUCUUUGACUAUAGUGGGAGAGAUUUGGAAGACAAAGAAGGAGAGAUUCAAGCAGGUGCUAAACUGUCAUUAAAUCGACAAUUUUUUGACGAACGUUGGUCAAAGCAUCGGGUUGUUAGUUGUUUGGAUUGGUCAUCUCAGUAUCCAGAGUUACUCGUGGCUUCCUAUAACAACAAUGAAGAUGCCCCUCAUGAGCCUGAUGGUGUGGCCCUUGUAUGGAAUAUGAAAUACAAAAAAACUACCCCAGAGUAUGUGUUUCACUGCCAGUCAGCUGUGAUGUCUGCCACAUUUGCGAAAUUUCAUCCAAAUCUUGUUGUUGGUGGUACAUAUUCAGGCCAAAUUGUGCUUUGGGAUAACCGUAGCAAUAAAAGAACUCCAGUGCAAAGAACUCCACUGUCAGCAGCUGCACACACACACCCUGUAUAUUGUGUAAAUGUUGUUGGAACACAAAAUGCUCACAAUCUGAUUAGCAUCUCUACUGAUGGAAAAAUUUGUUCAUGGAGUCUGGACAUGCUUUCCCAUCCACAGGAUAGCAUGGAGUUGGUUCAUAAACAGUCAAAAGCAGUAGCUGUGACAUCUAUGUCCUUCCCUGUUGGAGAUGUCAACAACUUUGUUGUUGGGAGUGAAGAAGGUUCUGUGUACACAGCAUGCCGCCAUGGCAGCAAAGCUGGAAUCAGUGAGAUGUUUGAGGGGCAUCAAGGACCAAUCACUGGCAUCCAUUGUCAUGCAGCUGUUGGAGCAGUAGACUUCUCACAUCUUUUUGUCACUUCAUCGUUUGACUGGACAGUAAAGCUUUGGACAACUAAGAAUAACAAGCCUUUGUAUUCAUUUGAAGAUAAUGCAGACUAUGUUUAUGAUGUUAUGUGGUCACCUACCCACCCAGCCCUGUUUGCCUGUGUGGAUGGCAUGGGGAGAUUGGAUUUGUGGAAUCUCAAUAAUGACACAGAGGUACCAACUGCCAGCAUUUCUGUGGAGGGUAAUCCUGCUCUUAAUCGUGUGAGAUGGACCCAUUCUGGCAGAGAGAUUGCUGUGGGUGAUUCUGAAGGACAGAUUGUUAUAUAUGAUGUGGGAGAGCAGAUUGCUGUUCCCCGCAAUGAUGAAUGGGCACGGUUUGGCCGAACACUUGCAGAAAUUAAUGCAAACCAAGCUGAUGCAGAGGAGGAAGCAGCUACCCGAAUACCUGCUUAGUUCCUGAAAAGGGGAGUGUAACUAGUGGAUUUGGGAAACGUUCUUAAGUAGAUCCUGAGACUAUUUGCAUGCUUCUAUCUAAAUGAUAAUUAAAAGGAAGUUUCAUGGAUUAAACCAUGGGUUUAAUGCAGCAAGGAAACUUACAAUGUCCCUUUAUAUAUAACAUGCAUCUUGUUUUGGAUUUGUGUCAUUUUUUAAUAUAGCUGAUUGACUUCACAGAAAGCAGCUUUUUUGAAUUCUAAUACACAGGUGUAUAUUUGGUAUUAGUUAUUUUGAGUUCUUUUCAACUUAUAACAUUGUAUACAGUUAUUUCUAAAGCACAGAUGAAAUAAGUUCUGCAUAUUUUUAAAUAAUCACAGUUCCCUGUUAUACAGAUAAUGUUCUCACUACCCAUAAUAUGUAGGAACAUUGUUUCUCCUUAGCCGUAGUAUGCAUACACCUAUCCAUGUUCAUUCUGACAUCCUUUGUUGUCUUUAUAAUUCAUGUGGUAGUUACCUAUAAAUAAAAACAAAUAUGCGUUAA